AUGCCAGCCCCUGAGCAGACCCCAGUGGUGGAGGAGGGGCUGCCGCAGACAACACAGGAAACUUCCACAGGCCCAGGCAUGGAACCAGAGACUACUGCCACUACCAUUUUAGCUUCUGUAAAGGAACAGGAGCUCCAAUUUCAAAGACUUACCAGAGAACUGGAAGUGGAAAGGCAAAUUGUGGCUAAUCAGCUAGAAAGAUGUAGGCUUGGAGCAGAAUCACCAAGUAUCGCCAGCACAAGCUCUACUGAGAAGUCAUUUCCUUGGAGAUCGUCAGAUCCUCCGACCACCAGUGUAAACAAACCCCAAGUGUCAGAGAGUGUUCAUACCAAUGCCUAUGACAUUAGUUCGGAACCAGAACAAGGGAACCUCUACUCACCAGAACAGACAUCUCUCCAUGAAAGGUCUGUCGGUAACUCAAGAAGUUCAACACAAAUGAAUUCUUAUUCUGACAGUGGUUACCAAGAAGUGAGCAGUUUCCAUAACAGCCAAAACUUGAGCAAAUCGGAAAACAGACAGCAGCAUUCCCUUAUUGGAACCACUAAUAACCAUUUGGUGAGAAGCUCGCGAGCUGAAGGGCAGACAUCGGUCCAGCCUUCAGUAAAUAUCGCUACCAAUCGAGUCAUGAGACGUGUCAGUUCAGUCCCAUCCAGAGCACAGUCUCCCUCUUACAUGGUCAGCACAGGUGUUUCCCCUUCAAGGGGGUCACUCCGAGCAUCUCUGGGUAGCGGGUAUGGUUCUCCAUCAGUUGCUGAGCAAAGAUCCCUUACUUCUCAUGCGUACUCAUCCACUACUCUACCAGUACAGCGGGCGGCAUCCCCAUAUGCUGCACAGAGACCUGCCUCCCCAACGGCUGUGCGGCGGAUGGGCUCAGUCACAUCCAGGCAGACAGCAAAUCCCAAUGGUGGGACUUCCCAGUACCAAACGUCGGUCAGAGUUGGCUCUCCUCUUGCUCUUAGUGAUGUACAAACCAGAGUAGCUUCUCCGUCCCAAUCUCAGCUGGGAUCUUCUUCCCCGAAGCGUUCUGGCAUGACUGCAGUUCCACAGCACUUGGGAACAACACUGCAAAGAACAAUUCAUGAUAUUGAACAAUAUGGACAGCAAUAUGAUAUAUAUGAGAGAAUGGUUCCUCCACGUCCAGAUAGCCUUACAG